AGAGAUAGAACUAUCUCUUCAAAGUUUAUGGUUGAGGAACGAUAAUGUCAUCGUCCGAAGAAGAAAAUGAUCAAUUGAUGGAUCUAGAAGCAAUACGCGAUGAAAUAUUAAGCCAGCCACGCAGUGAAUGUAUGCAAGUAAGUGCUUGGGAGGAUGACGAUGACGGAGUUGAAACUGAACGUAAUGCUAAAGAACCGGAUGAAAAAGAAAUUCUGAAUGCAGCUGAAAAUGGUGAAUUGGAUAAAGUAAAGAAGCUGAUAACAAUAAAUCUUGGUCUUUUAGAAGCUACAGACAAGGAUGGUUACACUCCGCUGCAUAGAGCAUGUUAUGGAAAUCAUGUUGAAAUUGUGGAGUAUUUAAUUCAAGCUGGUGCAAAGAUAAAUGCAGAGACUCUGGAUGGAUGGCAACCAUUGCAUUCUGCAUGUUGCUGGAAUAAUGUUGAAUGUGCAGCAGUGUUAAUUGCAAAUGGAGCAGACAUAAAUGCUAAGAGCAAAGGUGAUCAGACACCUUUACACUUGGUGUCUGCAAGUUCCCAUAAUUCUCCAGCAUUGCAACUCCUUUUACUACAUCCAGAUACAAAUCCACAUAUAGUAAAUUCAAGCGGGGAUACUGCAGAAGAUAUUGCAAAAAGAACAGGAAAAUAUUAUCCAAUGUUUGAAAUCAUCAGGGAUUACUUAAAUGAGAUUUAAGAAACCAUGUAAGAGAAUCGAGAACAAUCUUUUGGUCAGCUGUAACUCGUUCCCGGAUGGUGAUUCAUCAGCCGCGGUGAUAAAUUCAACGGCACGCAUUAAAAUAAUACGGAAUCGAUCGAGUAAUUCUCCUUUGCCUGGUUCACGCAAAAUUGCGAUGGAAGGUGCAUGCAAACUAGUGUAACUGGACGACCGAGAGCCAUGAUCGCUUUGAUCGCUGGAUGUUGUGAAAACUGAAGUUAUAUGAGAUGCUGAAGCGAGAUACGAUGCUGUGCUACGUAACCGGAAACCCGACUGAUUCGAGACUUUUGUUGCGAGGACAUCGAGUUCUCCGUCGAAGAGUGCAACUUGGGCGUCCCUCACGAUCGACACACAAGUUCUAUUCUUAGUGCAAUGGGAUUUUUCUUUCAGUUCCAUAUGAUUUAAUAUUAAAUGCAAGUCUAGAACAGCUUGCAUUUGAUGACUUCCUGGAGACUCUAAGAGUUUCGUGGCAAUAGCAACGAGAAGGACAUGGAUGUCCCGGUAAAGAGACGUGGAACCACCUUUGUGAGCUCCUCCAACUAAUGCUUGUACCAGUGAUUCGAUUAAGCCUUGUUCUAAAAGCAUCCUUAGCGCACUGGGAUUCUGUAAUUACAGCCUUAUUUAUUAUUUUUUAUUUUUAUUUUUAUUUUUAUUUUUUUUCGUUUAAAAGGCAAUGUGUUACUGUACCUUUGCAAUGAUGUCAGUGAUAAAAGACACUAUCGGUCUGGCUACGUUUGGUUCGGUAGCUGCUGCUUUCGCUAUCAUCGCCAUUAACGGAGGCAUCGCGGCCAGUGUUGGUCCUCUUAAAGCUAAAUUCUCUAAAGCAACCACUAAUGGUUCACUUCCAGGAUAUAACGCUAUUUGAUUGGCUAAAUGCAUAAAGUACUUUUGUUUUAUUAAUCUGUUAACUUCUUCGUCACUGGCACGUUGUAAAUAUGUUUGGACGACCUGUAAAAUGAUUACAUGUAUGUAUAAUAUAUGGAUUAGGAUAAAAUUUCAA